AUGGAAUUUUCCGAUUGGAUUUUGUUUUUUGCCAUCUGCGUUUUUUCCGCUUCCUCACAUUACAGCACCGAAGAACAUCGCUUCGAAGCUCUGUUGAAAAUUAACUCCUUUGACUGCUGGAAUAAUGGCAAAAACAAGUACAUGUUUCCAGCACCAGAAUUCACUGUUGGCGAUGAAGAAAAUUUGAGUUUCAAUGACUGCGGCCGGUGGAACAAUAGCAAAAUUGACCGCAUCGCUCCGUGGACGGUUUUCAUCACAUUUGGAAAUGGUUAUUUACCGAGUAUUCUUAUAUCUGAUCAAACAGUCCUUUCAUAUCGUAUUGAUCCAUUUUACAACGCAGUUGCCAAAGGAAAAAAAUUGAAGGUAUUUGGCGGUGGUUGUGCUGAUAAAAGAGAUUUGGUCAAUUGUUUUCAUAGACGAGGCUUGUUAAGUCAAAAGGUUCUCGAUUUUAAGGAAGUUUUUGUGCAGAACGGACAAUUUUUUCGAGAAUCAAUCUACAUAUGGCGGAUAGAAAAAGUGAAACUCACGCCGAAAUUACAGCCUGCUUGCUUAUGGAACCAAGACAAUCAGAACGAUGACUUGGAAUAUUUUUAUUCCGACAAUUGGAGGCUUCAAGCAAUUACGCAAGCAGAUUUUCUAGCGGAGAACAGUUGUUACAAUGAAAGACGUGUUGAAAAAUGGCGGUGUGACCUUUACGGGAAUUCAAUUUGCACAUCAGCAUCUUCUCAACUGGGGUCUGAAUAUUUGUUCAUUCGUCGAGAAGAUCGGUCUUAUCUACGUGCAAUAUAUGUUUACGAUUCAGAAUUUACUAUGACGUGGUUCGACUUACUUCCGUACACAAACGAAAUCGUCUCGGCGUCCUUCAAUCUAGCGGCCAUGCCAGUAAUUCCCGAUCUGAAAAGCAGAAUCGACUUUGGAGUAAGUCAAAGCUUUGCAAACUGUGGACGUGUGUCAGGGCGACGAUCAAAAAGAGUAACCGAGGAGGAGCGGCCAGGUGGUUUAAUUUUCAACGGCCAAAAUGCGGUCCGAGGUCAACACCCUUGGCAUGCAAGUCUCUCAGUCCAAAUGGUCACCGGGAGUGUUGAAGAUUCUUGUGGGGCGACGCUCAUUUCUAAAAAGGCUCUUGUCACUGCGGCACAUUGCCUCUUCGACAGAGAAGGACUUCCUUUGAGAGCGAGUCAUGUGGAUGUGACGCUCGGAAUGUACAAUCGCUCGUCAAAAGCAAAAGAGAGUUCGCGGCAGACUUUAAGGGCUUCAAAUCUUGUGGUGCACCCCGGCUACAAUCACAGCAGGGGUGAUUUUAAAGACGAUAUCGCUCUCAUCAUUGUCACUGGAGAGGUGCAAUUUUCUGAUUACGUCGCUCCAAUUUGUCUCUGGAACUUUGAUUACGACUUGGACAGAAUUGCAAACAGGACAGGCACGUUGGUCGGCUGGGGUCUGACGUCAAAUUAUACCCAGCCAGACAUUUUGCAGGAGGCGAGCAUAAAAGUCGUUUCGUACAAGCAAUGCUAUGAGAGCAAAAAGCGCUUUUUCUCUCUUUACAUGCGGCCCAGGGAAAACUUUUGCGCUGGAUUUCCACAUAAUCAGACCGGUGCUUGCAACGGAGACAGUGGUGGUGGAUUUUCCCUUUACGACCGCCUCUCCAGACGUCACUUUUUGCGCGGAGUGGUCAGCAUGGGCAAUUUGAAAAAAGUGAUCAAGAAUGACCAAGAGGUCUUGUGGACGUGCAAUCCAAAUUACUACGCCCUGUAUACAGACGUCGUCAAUUAUAUGAGGUCAGGAGGUCGGCCAAUCAGUUGCGUGGAAUCAGCCAAAGUCAUCAAUCAUUUUUUAAUGAUUGGAUGUAAACAAAGAGAAAGAAAUUCAUCUGCAUCAGUGUUGUUGUUGUGUGACUCUAUUGUGUGUUUGGUGUGUGCCUGGUGUGUGCGCGAUCCAAUUUGA